CAGCUCAUAGAUAACGACACCGAUGACUCACGAUGAGUACUCAAUCAUAGCACAAUUCGGAACCGCCUUCACUGCAAGAUAAAUACCGGUUUCCAGCUUCUAAGAUUAACACUGGCCACGACUUCGCACGCACAUAUACACACACACAUCCACACAAUGGCGCCUCCUCGACCUUUUACCGUCGAACAGUGGAUGGACAAAUACGAAUUAACCGCAAAAUACAACCUCGCGGAGACGUGUUGCGCGAGCAUUUCCAUCGACGAGCUGCUGGCGCUCUCGGAGAAAAAGGAUGCCAAGAUCAGCGACAUCCUCUGCAGCUCGACGGUGCAAAACUACGGCGAGAUCCGCGGGAACACGCAACUCCGCGAGAACCUCUCCCGGCUGUACUCGGCCAAGGUCGCCGGCGCGGCGUUGUCCGUCGAUCAGAUCCUCAUCACGCCCGGGGCCAUCGCGGCGAAUCACCUCGUGCUGUAUUCGCUGGUCCACCCGGGCGACCAUGUGAUCUGCCAUUACCCGACGUAUCAGCAGUUGUACACGAUUCCGGAGUCCCUGGGCGCGGAGGUGAGUCUGUGGAAGUGCCGGGCAGAGGAAGGGUGGUUGCCGAAGUUGGAGGAACUGGAAGGCCUGGUGCGGGAGAACACGAAGUUGAUCAUCAUCAACAACCCCCAAAACCCGACGGGAGCCAUCCUGCCCAAAUCCCACCUCGACGCGAUCGUCCGGCUCGCGCGAGCGCGCAACAUCACGAUCCUCUCCGACGAGGUCUACCGGCCCCUCUUCCACGGCGUGGGCCCGAUGGACCCGGAUUUCCCGCCCUCCAUGCUCUCCGUCGGCGGGGACGACGCCAACGUCAUUGUGACCGGGAGUCUCUCCAAGGCCUACUCGCUCGCAGGGCUGCGGGUCGGCUGGAUCGCUAGCCGCAGCGCGGAGCUGAUCGAGAGAUGCGCGUCGACGAGGGACUACACGACGAUCUCCGUGUCGCUGCUCGACCAGGCCGUCGCGACGUUCGCGCUGGGCCCGGACACGAUCCACGCUCUGCUGGGGCGGAAUGUGGCGCUGGCGAGGGCAAAUCUGGAGAUGCUGGAGCGCUGGGUGAUGAAGCAUGAUGAGUUUUGCGAGUGGGUGAAGCCCGUGGCGGGGACGACGGCGUUUGUGAGGUUCUUCAGGGGAGAGGGAGAGAGCAGGAAGGCGGUGGAUGCGAGGGUUUUUUGUGAGAGGCUGCAGGAGAGGACGGGCGUGAUGCUCUUGCCCGGGGAUGUCGGGUUCGGCGAGGAGUUUCGGGGUUACGUGCGGUUCGGAUAUGUGAAUCGCACUGAGAUCAUCAGAGAGGGGUUGGAGGAGCUCCGGAAGUUCAUGAGGGAGGAAUUUAAUGAUAUUCCGCUGUGCGAGUGAAAGGGAUGUAGAUUUCUUUUUUCGGAAGGGCGUGAAAAGCCUUUGGUUGGAGGGAGGGUUGAUCUAUUUUCCGAUUUACUUAUGAUGAUUCGUGACAUUUCACGAACGCACGAGAAAACAUCGACGUCUUCUCCUAUUUGAUGAGCUAGAUAUUCAGUGAUCUGUGAAAGAAAUUCAUACAUUCUCUUUCA